GAAACACCGAACCCCUCUCCCCUCCUCUCUUCGCGAGCCUCGUCUCGUGUCUCCUCUCCUUCCACAGAGAGAGAGAGAGAGAGGGACCACCACCGCCGCACGGCCCGCGCGACCUCGACCCCGCGCCCCGCUCCGCCGCCGUAUCGAUUCGGCUGCGCUGCUGGGAGCUAUGGCGGGCGGCUCCAGGGGCGGCUUCCCCGCCUGGAUGACCGCCGCCGCCGCGCGCAUCGACCUCUCCGGCGGCGCCGCCGCCACGUCCGGCUCGCAGCCUCCCCAACCCGGCCCUUCGUCCGCGGCGUCGUCCGACCAGGAGCUCGGGAUGGCCGAGCGCGCCCUCUCCGCCGCAAGCGCAGCCUUCAUCUCUGCCAUCAUCGUUAACCCUCUCGACGUCGCCAAGACGAGGUUGCAGGCGCAGGCGGCGGGGGUGCCUUAUUACCAACCGUCCCCGAUGGCGGCGCUCGGCCCGGAUGCGAUACUGUCUGAGCUGCGAUGCUCUCCAUCAUGCACACGUGGUAUCAUUUUGGGAAGUGAACCUAUUUGCCCGCCCGAUUGCUUUCAGUACAAGGGAACAGUUGAUGUAUUCUUGAAAGUUGUUAGACAGGAAGGAUUUGGUAGAUUAUGGAGAGGUACAAAUGCUGGCUUGGCAUUAGCUAUACCAACUGUUGGAAUAUAUUUGCCUUGCUAUGACAUAUUCCGCAACAAGAUUGAAGAUUUUACAAGAAGCAAUGCUCCUGGUUUGACACCAUAUGCCCCACUAGUAGCAGGAUCAGUUGCACGUUCGCUCGCAUGCAUUGCUUGUUCCCCAAUUGAAUUGACAAGGACACGGAUGCAGGCGUAUAAGGAAUUUCAGCCUGGAGUAAAGCCCCCUGGAAUGUGGAAAACAUUGCUUGGUGUUCUUUCACCACAUGCAAGUUCAAGUCAUAAUGCAGUGCAAAACUAUCGUGUUCUAUGGACGGGUGUGGGGGCACAGCUUGCUCGGGAUGUUCCAUUCUCUGCUAUAUGCUGGUCAACGCUGGAGCCGAUUCGAAGAAAGCUGCUUGGUCUUGUUGCAGAGGAAGGUGACGCAGCUAGUGUGUUGGGAGCGAACUUUGCUGCUGGCUUUGUAGCAGGUAGUCUUGCUGCUGGUGUUACAUGCCCUCUUGAUGUUGCCAAGACAAGGAGACAGAUUGAGAAGGAUGCCCAGAAGGCAAUGAGAAUGACCACGAGGCAAACAUUAGUUGAUAUAUUGAGGUCUGAAGGUCCAAAAGGUUUGUUCACUGGUGUUGGUCCACGCGUCGCUCGUGCUGGACCAUCAGUUGGUAUUGUCAUUUCCUUUUACGAGGUCGUCAAGUAUGCUCUUCACCAAAGGAACAUGUCAUGAGCAGGAUUUUGUCUAGAAGAUAAAACCAACCACCUUCUGUAGAAACAUGACGUUCCCCAGAUCCGUCAAGUUUAUGCCAGCCACUCAAGCGCUCUUUUUCCUGGACGAGGUCCAGUUGUCUUCUGGUAAUAAUUUUCAGUUUUGCUGUGGUGCGAGCUCCAGUUUUGUCCGAGGGGAAUGGACCGUAACCUAAGCUCUCUGGUUCCACCAGUAGCUAUAAUUGCUUUGAUCAACUUACGUAGGAAGAUGAAAUGUAGUGGAAGAUGUAGCAUUGACAAUGACCAAUAAUACCUUGCGCUUUGUACCCUUCAAAAUGCAGGAUAAUUUUGUUU